AUGAGUUAUUCUCAUCAGAGCAUGGGCUCUGGUAGCAGAAAUGCAAGGGGAUAUGAAUUUGGAAGGACUUAUGUUGUGAGGCCUAAAGGAAAGCAUCAAGCCACUUUAGUAUGGCUUCAUGGUCUUGGUGACAAUGGCUCUAGCUCAUCUCAGCUCAUGGAAAGUUUGCAUCUUCCAAAUAUAAAAUGGAUUUGUCCAACUGCUCCUACGCGUCCUAUUUCAAGUCUUGGUGGAUUUACCUGCACUGCAUGGUUUGAUGUUGGGGAAAUUUCUGAAGACGGUCAUGAUGAUUUGGAAGGUUUAGAUGCUUCAGCUUCACAUAUUGCUAACCUUUUGUCCUCUGAACCAGCAGAUGUUAUAGUGGGCAUAGGAGGUUUUAGCAUGGGAGCAGCAAUAUCUCUCUACUCCGCGACUUGCUAUGCUCUUGGACGUUAUGGAACUGGCCACAAUUACCCUAUAAACCUACGAGCUGUUGUAGGGCUCAGCGGCUGGCUUCCUGGUUGGAAGAGCUUAAGGGGAAAAAUAGAAUGUUCAUAUGAGGCUGCAAGGCGUGCUUCAUCGUUACCGAUCAUACUUACACAUGGAACUUCCGAUGAUGUGGUUCCUUAUAGGUUUGGAGAGAAAUCUGCGCAGUCUCUUGGCAUGGCCGGAUUUCGACAAGUCAUUUUCAAACAAUACGAAGGACUUGGUCACUAUACCGUUCCCAAAGAACUGGAUGAGGUCGUUCACUGGCUCACAACGAGGCUCGGGCUUGAGGGCUCACGUUAA